GAGGCUGGGAAGCGGAGCCGCAGCCGGGUGCCUGCCGCCGGCCGGCCGUCCGCCAGCGGGAGAGGAGCGCUCCGCCCGCGGCUGACAAAGGAUGGGAGGAUGCCUGCGCCGCGGGAGGCGGGCUGCGCGCAGCCGGGCGGCCGCCUGAGCGGCUUCUCCCUCCGCCGGAAAUGUACCCAAGAGGAGUUCUGAGACCAUGUCCUCAGAUGUUCUGCUGGGAUUAAACAAGACACUGCUGUAUUUUAACUGAGCUUGGCAAAGCCAGGAUAUGAACAAUUGUGCAGGUGGGCUCCUGAGGGCGAGUGAAGAGCCACCUGCAGCUCUGCCGCUAUGCCCCUCCACCAGAUUUCCGUAAUCCCCACCCGGGAGGCGGCCAGCAAUGGGCGAAGUUCAGUGGGCAGAAACAAAGAGAAGAACAAGGAAGUCGAGAAUUUCAGAAAUUGAAAAGGGAUAAGAGGAAGGAGAAAAUGCUGGGCUGGUGUGAAGCGAUAGCGCGUAACCCUCGCAGGAUCCCAAACAACACGCGGACCCCCGAGGGCUCAGAGGAGUGGGCUGACGCCUCGCAAACCUCCACACUGAAUGACAAAUCCCCAGGGCGAUCUGCAAGUCGAUCAAGUAAUAUUUCAAAAGCGAGCAGCCCGACCACAGGAACAGCUCCCAGGAGCCAGUCAAGGUUGUCUGUCUGUCCGUCCACUCAGGACAUCUGCAGAUCUGCCAUCUUACAUGACAUGUCAGAAGCCUCACUUGAGCAAAGCACCCCGGUCGUGGUGCUGAGCCCUGCUAGGAAGGAGUCUGGUAAGAAAUCAGUAAAGCAGAGGCCUAGGAGGAGGAGGAGGGCUGCUCUGAGGUACAAGCACACAGAAGAGCAAGUGAAAGGGAGAAGAAGCGAUUCUCACCUCCAAAUCCCCAGCCACCGGUGGAGUGAGACUGACACAGAUUCUUCAGAUUCAUCUUCCACCGAUGAGAGUCACUGGAUUCAGGCAAAAAGGAGAGCCCAGGUGAAGUUCCGCCUGUCUCGGAGAAGGAGAAAUAAGAAACCAAGUGGAAACUUGGAUGUGUCUUCCGCUCCUAAUGAAAUCCAUCCAGUACAUUUGGGAUCCGAAGGUAAAAAGCGCCCAGAGCUGACCGAGUGUGAGAGCUACUCUUUAAAUCUCCACAGAGGAAAAGGCACAACAUACCAAGGAUGCAGUGGUUCCCUGCCAAGAUGGUCCUCUGACAUCAAGAGACCCUCAAGGAAGCAUGAGGAAAGCAGAGGCAGGUACCGCCGCAGGGAUCCUCAGCUCUUGCACAGUCUUGGGCAAAAUGAAACAAUCAAGAGAAUAUUUUCAGAGACAGAUUCCAGCACUGAAAUGCUGGCAGUCAAAGAAGGUGGCAAGACUGUGAAGCCCGCAGGAUUCCUUCAGAAGCCUCCUGCCACCUACCAUGAGGGGUCUGAUCAUUUAAAAACAUGCAGGAUCUGUCACUGCGAAGGGGAUGAGGAGAGUCCUCUCAUCACGCCCUGCCGCUGCACGGGCACCCUGCGCUUCGUGCACCAGGCCUGCCUCCACCAGUGGAUCAAGAGCUCUGACACGCGCUGCUGUGAGCUAUGCAAGUACGACUUCAUCAUGGAGACCAAGCUCAAGCCCCUCCGCAAGUGGGAGAAACUGCAGAUGACCAGGAGCGAGAGGAGGAAGAUAUUCUGCUCUGUCACCUUCCACGUCAUUGCCAUCACCUGCGUGGUCUGGUCUUUGUACGUGUUGAUUGAUCGGACAGCGGAGGAAAUCAAGCAAGGCAAUGAUAACGGUGUCCUUGAAUGGCCAUUUUGGACAAAACUGGUUGUGGUGGCCAUCGGCUUCACGGGAGGUCUGGUCUUCAUGUACGUACAGUGCAAGGUCUACGUUCAGCUGUGGCGCAGGCUGAAGGCCUACAACCGUGUGAUCUUUGUGCAGAACUGCCCCGACAUGGCCAAGAGGCUGGAGAAGAACUGCUCCUGCACGGUGAACACGGACGCCAAGGACGCCGGGGCAGUGCCUGCCUUACAAACGGGGACCAACGCACCGCCACCUUCGGAGGGCGGCCCCCCCGAAGUCAUACCCGUGUGACGGGGCCGGCCGGGAGCGUGUCACUGGAGGAUCGCCUGGCCCUCAGCCACUACAAGUGACAGACGUGAUCCUGAGUUAGUCACCCUCUUUAUCGUCUCUCCUCUUUCUGACUCACUUGUCCUCACUUUGCUCAAAAAGGAAAGGAGAAGAAACACCAGAUGGUCAGAGCCCAUGAAGCAGUCUCCAGUGUGAAGAGAAAAUGUGCAACGUUGGCUGGAGAAUGAUUUCUGAGACCAGGGCCGCUGGAGCAAGGGAUGCUUUCAGGCAACGAGGAGAGACUAACUGGACAGACCCAUGAGUCUUCCCAGUAACAGGGCAAGGUCAAGAAUACGGACUUGAAUUGCAACGUGUCUUUCUUCUAGGGCCUCGUAAUGUUAACUCUCUCAUCUGGAAAUGACAAACACAUUUGGUUUUAAGCUUGAAAUUGUCUGCAUUAUCCCUAAGGCACAUCAGAAGCAAACUCAGAAGAUGCAUAUUUUGAUAUUCAUACUUCGACAGCUAACAGGUUUUUAUGGCUAUAGUGGAGUCCAGUUGUUUUGACAGAUGCAUGUUUUUAAAAUAGAUGCAAUACACAUUUGAAGAUAUUGAUACUUGGAAUUAUGUUUAAAUCAUGAUUUUCAGAGAUUUUUGGGUUUAAUUAGCUCUGUUAAAUACCCACAGGAGCCUUGUAUGCUCCACCUGGACCCUCUAAAACAGUGUUGUCCAACAGAAAUAUAAUGUGAGCCACAAAUGAAGGCCACAUAUGCAAAUUUAAAUUUUCUAGUAGCCCCAUUAGAAAAAGUAAAAAUAAAAUAGGUGAAAUGAAUUUUGAUAAUAUAUUUA